GGCGCGACGCGUCGUGAAGCGGUUCUUAGUUUUAGCUCUCGAUGCGCUCGGACCCCUACGAAACCACUCGCGGACGUAUCAUUGAGAAAAAAAAAACAACCGUUCAAGAAGGACCCGUUGACUAGCCUAUAUUUUUGUGAUAACUGCAAUUCGUUUCGAUUGAAGCUACCCAACAACGUUUAAUUUACGAGGCUGCUCCCGACAGUGACAGUGAGUUGGACAUAUCCAGAUGUGACGGGGGCACGUGUUCCGAAAAGGGGUUCUUCCUACGGAGAAUCGAGAAAGGGUUUAUUUCCUGUGUUGGUUUAUCACACCUUUGGCCUGCAACGUGCAAAUGCCUUAGUCGAGGGAUAGUGGCGUAUUUUUGGUCGCCGGAACGGUUUUGCCACGAGCUGUGGCGGUGAAGUGGAGACGAGCGCGGCAUAGACAGUGUGUAUUCUCUUAUCAGCAAGUGGGAUUUUAUUUUCGGAGUGUGGUCCAAGUGCUCGAGCAACCUUCUCGGCUCCAGUUGAGGCAAAGGUGUGGUACUGUGUGGAAGAAAUUUAAAAUUGAUUAGUGGCUAUUAGGGAGAAAAUUUAAGUUUAUUAAUCAACCAGAAAUAAAAGAAACGGAGAACUCCCAUCGUCUUAUAAGCAAUGAAGAAAAUCAUUAUAUAACACCACCGUACGAGAGGAAAUGUGAACGUGAGUGCAUCCCCGAAAGAAAGGAAAUACAGGAAAAGCAAUAAAAGCUGUUAACAGAAACCGGUGAUCAAGUGAAUAAAAUCGCUAAGAAAAGGUACCAACUUGAAUUAUGUCUUCAUCGGUGGAAGAUCGUCGUCACACGGGUUGAGGAUGAUUUCACGAGGCUGAAAAUAUGUGUGCGUCUCUAUGUGCUGCCGUGGUGUCGAUGGAUUUUCGAUCUUGAUAACGAGAGUUUGUUGUAGCGCUCCGCUUUGACUGAUUUGGAAAUUAUCAGUAACUGAUAUGAUUGAGUGGUGGUGUUAAGGUGCUAGAAGGCGAAGCGACUGACGGUUGGAACUGUUUUGUCCGAAAUCAACGUGUCCGGGAGCAUCCUGUCAAUCGACGACGUGUACAGUUAGGACAACAGAAUCCGACAACUUACUAUAAAAGAAGACGCACAUUUGGAGGCCAUUGCCUUACGCUUGUCUUGUUCUGGAUUAAGAAAGAUCCAGUGCCUCCAAUACCUUGCCGUUGCCCAACUCAACUAAAUGAUGACGUCGUCCGGAGUGGCGUCGUCGUCGGCGACAACGACUACCAACCGCCGCCAUCUGCCCCAGUUGGCACUGGUGGCCCUACUCGUAUUGCUCAAUGCCGUCGCGGCUACAAACACAUCAGCCUACAUCUGUCCCAAGGGCUGUGAAUGCAACAACGCCAGCAUCGCUUGCUCCAGCGCAUCCGGGCUGCGCAGUAUCGACAAAAGUUUACCCAUCAAGCGGCUGGUCCUGUCCGGGUUAGAGCUGAAAAAGAUACCGGCCCACUUGGAAAACAUCCGAAACAUCACCGAGUUGGAUCUGUCCGACAACCAACUGGCUGAGGUAAAUCACCUGGGCAAGCGGAUACGGCGUCUCAAUCUGAGCCAGAAUCGAAUCACGUCCGGAAAGCUGUCGAAGAUCCCACUGUACGUGGAAUCGCUGAAUUUGUCGCACAAUGAUAUCACUUACCUGCCGCUGUAUUUGAUGAAACUAAAGAAGCUGCGAUCCAUUGAGCUGGCGGACAAUCCGAUAAACUGCACCUGCGAAACGUUGCACAUUCGAAACUGGCUGACAACCAGGCACGUGUGGUCUGAUCAGCAUAUCAAAUGCAAUGCCCCGCAAGAGUUCAAGGGUAGACCGUGGCUACAGGUGAAGCAAUCGGAUGUUUGCAAUGAAGCUAGAAGAGACGGUGGCUACAAUUGGGAUGACUAUGAGGAUGAAAACGAUUUGAUGCUGGGAGAUCAAGCAGAUUUGAACGACGACGAGGAAGAGGAUGAUGAUGAUUUCAAAAAAGAAUACUUCCCUGUCGGAGAGAAGCUAAAAUCGCAAGAUCCUCCGAUGGACAUACAAAAUGACGAGGAGUUGGAGGAUGCUUCCGGCAGUGGACCAUCGGACAUUGGAGAAGAGGAAAAGGCUGAGGCAAGAAAAGUAGCUGAUUUGUCUUCGACAGUUGAGGGAUCUGGUGCUGAAAGUGACGACAGUGUUCGAGUUGGCCAGGUCCAAAAUGCAGUGGAAAGCGAAGAUGAUGAUGGCAGUGGUAGUGGAGCUGGUGCUUUCCUCACUGGAUUACGGGCGAUUGGAGCUGAAGAUUCUUCCGAAAAACCGACUGACACUGAUUUAGAAGACAGUACCAGUGAAGAAAAACCCAUAACUCCCCCAGAUGGAUUGGGCAUCUUUGGCAAAGGGCUUGAUGACGAUUCAACUUCAUCACCAGCUACGGAGUCUACGGAAGGGGUUAUGCCUGUUAAUGUAAAUGUGUUUGCGGAUGUCAGCAAAGGCACCUCCGGAGGUACAGACGGCCCAACUGAAGAGCAGAAAUCAAACAUCUCCGAAUCACCUACUCGCGCUGAUACUGAUAGCCAAGGAACAUAUAUUCUAUUGGCAAUUCUUGGAAUUAUUCUUAUUAGCUUGAUUCUUGUGGUUAUGUGCAAGCGGAAGCCAAGUUCCAGAAACCGUCGUGGUAAAGCAGACCUUGAAGCCGCCAGAGGACGCGAAAUGCUGGACAUGGACAAGAAUUUGUUGGGCAAACCUGUGGAGAAGAAUGGCCAUAGCAUACCGGAGCAAACACCUCUGAUAAAUGAUAAAUCUGAUUAUCAAAAGGUUUUCAGUGAUAAACCCAACAAUUAUCCUCCAGCAAAACCAGAAAGGACUUCCUUAGAUAAGCCCGCCAUGGAAUCAUUCAAACCAGUUCCUGCUGACAGAAACAAGAGCAAAGAAAGCUUGUACGAAAAUGUGCCUCCGAAUAACAACAAUAAUACGGUUCCGCUCCAGAACGGAAACGGACCCGUAGGAAACGGUGACCUACCCGGAGUUCAUCAACCCAAUCACAAUGUGCCAUCUCAAGCCGAUGAAGAGUUCCUACCGCCAAAUGGCAAUCCUAACCAACUUCAGCCAGAGCCCAUUGAGUCGCCCAAAUCCAAACGAUACAGUCCCAUCUACGUGCCCACGUCACCAAAGUCCGAUCGCUACAGCCCGGUGUACUCGCCGGAAACCGGACGCGUCAAAAUCAAACUAACCGAAACUCCGAAACCAAAAACUCCUAUCUUGGUCACGCGAAGUCGAUCGAGAGCCGGAGAUUACAUAACGACAACCGACCAGAAGUUCUGAUCCACGCUGAACAGCGAAGGACAGACAGACAGACGUCACAGACCUUGGUACACCUUGCUGCGGAUUUUGCUGCGGCCUUCCUAACGAAUCCGGGACGUCAUGAGACCGAUGACGUCCGUCUAGGCACUGCUAAUCCGCACAGACGGUGACCCGAGCUUGUUUUUAGAUCGACAUUGAACAUUUGUUAUCGGUGAGGUUGCCAAACCGAUAAGAGUAUAUCGAGUCAGAAAUUUGUAUAGAUAAGCAUCCGUUGAGAAUUGAGUUUCCUACGUUCAACGUUUAGUAACCUGUCAUGUGCGCUCAAAACAGUAAUCGCUUAGGAAGAGAUUUUCAGGAAUUAUAGUAAACGAAACAUAAAUUUAGGAAAGCGGCAUGAAAAGGAAAUAUUUUGCAAUAAGAUUCUUCGUGGUUGCAAUCGUGAUGAAGGAAAAGUUUAUGCUAUAGAUCGUUUAAAUAAUCAGUCAUCAUCAGUGUGCACAAAACGUUUUAACUUUUAAAAAUGAUGGGUUAUUCAUGUAGUAAUAAUGAGUCAAUCUAAACACACAUGGACUUCUCGACAGAAUCGUUAAAGCAUAAAUUAUUAGGAAAACUAAAAACAAAUGUGAUAGUUAAACACACCCAUUCAUAAAAACACAAAAUCAUUCAGCCAUGUGGAAGAACAACCAGAAGAACAAAGUAAAUCAUAGCAUUCAGAAACGUUCCUGAAGAAUCCUCUCCUUCCUUCUUGCACCAUUGUGAACCUUAGUUUUCAGUCGGUCGCUCUUAGAAUGUAAAUAUUAACGUGCAAAUUGUUGAAUUAUGUGACCCCUUUCUUCCCCAGUUGAGAAUUAUGUUCCCUAUUACUGCACUGUGACGACUAAAGAUGCCAAUAAAUUAUUAGACUAAAAUCAUAGUUACGUAAAAUAAUUUCCUUACGACAUUGAAUAGAUGUGUGCUAAGUCCAUUUGAAAGAGAAUUUUGUCUGCGUAUGACCUUUUCAAAAGAAUAGAAAAAUAAAGCCAAAUUUGUAAACACGAAAUAUGGAUUCACAAAUCUGACAUUGAUAAUCAGAAGAUGCUGCCUUAUGUGGAAUUCAACAACCCCAUCACCCGGUGCGAAAUGGAACCGUGGGAACGUUCAGCUUGCAAUCAAAAUGUGUGUCACGAAUGAACAUGUUUGUUAAGUUUAAGUAAUUUAACGAAAGAGAGGAUAGUGAAGAAAUACUAUUGUAUAUGUAUUUUAAAUAAAUUAUAUUAGAAUUUAACACUGUCGUGAA